UCCAGCAAUGCAGUUGCUGGUCAAGCCUUCGCUGCGGCAACUGCUGGCGUUCCAACUUGGCCGCCGGUCCUGUUGUUUGGAGUAGAAGCCUGUAAACAACAUCGCGAUAUCAUAGCCGCCAGUAUUCAGAGACCCUCUCGACGAGAUAUACCCGGUGCCUCAGGAGGCGAGGUUCAGGGUGUAAGUCAUUCGACCAAAAGCUUAGCACCAAUUGGAGUCUGUCUGGAGUCCAGAGUCUCUGGAGCCGUUGGCGGAGAUGCCAAUGUUGGUGCUGAUGCGAUUGACACUAGCCAGGAUAACGUUGGUCUGCCUCCGCCUACUCAUCCUACAGCUGGACUAAAGAACACAACUGUGACGUCGGGGCCAGCAUCGCAAGCCGCUCCAAUAGUCGCCAUGGGGAGACCAGCAUCGUUGUCACCAACGCUCAAAAUCGGGCCUGAUUUGGCAAAAGAAGUGACCACUUCUGGUGGGACAAGAGCCCGCCAGUCGGGCGGACGGUCGCGAACUGCCAUUUGGCAGACAACGGGAAUGCAACAACCGCCGCCUCCGUCUCCUCCUCCAGACCAUGGCGCUAGUUCGUCUGUUAGAUCGCCGGGUCCCUCCUCUUGCAUGUCCAGCCUUGCUCCUGGAAGAAUGCUUCCGCAGAGUCCUCCGGAUGCUUCUUCCAUGCUCCUUGGAUCUCCUGCAGCAGACGGCCUGUGCAGUUCUUCCACUCUGCCCUUCCAAGCAAGCACAGGGUCUCCUCCUCCUCUGCCGAUUUCAUCCGUCGCCUCAGGAAGUGGACCUCCCACCUUGUGGAUGCAAUACCAGCGGCCUAGUGGCCUAAUUGCCAAGUUUCCACCGCCUGGACAACAAGCACAUGUGACCUUUACAAUGCUCCAUCAACCGAGGCCGACUCUGAACCUGGGUUCGAAUAAAAAGGUCAAUGUGAUGGCUGCGAUCUCCUGCAUGCGAGUGUUCAAUGUCGUCCGACACUGGAUCACCAAGUUUCCGGGGGUCUUUGUCAGUAGUGCUGCUCGGCAGACAUCAGUACAACUGGGCCGAGUCAAGGAAACUAACCCGCUUACCUCCGUCUUCCAGUAA